AUGGCCGAAGAUCGGUGGGAGAAGCAGGAGUUGAGCAAGGUCAACAUGCUCUAUGGACCAGGAACAAUCCUGGGGUGGUAUAUGACACUGACCGCCUGUUUGAUAUCUUGGACUUUGCAUCCACGCCGCAGGACCCAGGACAGCAUCAGUGCCGACUUGAUCACUGGCCUUACUUUGCCUAUUGUUGCUGUUGUCCAUCUCCUCUUACAGAUACAUCAGUCUUCUCGGCGAUUGAGACAGUCUCCGCCUCUGGAUUCGGCUCUCGAUCUGUCACAAAUAGCGCAAGCCAUUGAAGCGCCUUUCGUGGUCACCGAAGUUUUCAUGAGCCUGAGCGUAAUCAUGUUUGUGGUGGCCGUGUGGAACAUCACGAUUCGACGAUUCGUCAUGGUGGGAACGAUGGGCCUCCUGUGCUAUGCGGCCGAAUGCUUUGUCUACCUGUCCGGGUUCUCAAGGGGAGGCAUCAGCCGCUCGUUCAGCAGAUCUUUUCUUGCAAACUCAGACAGCCUGUUGACCUUCGUCACAGUGCUGCUACCUGCCAAGAAGAGAACGAGGGCAGCUGUGGCUAACCCGUCCCCAAUACACUCAGAGACCUCCGUUCGCGCGGUGACCUCUGGGGCAAUCCCGGAAAUAGACCAAGGCGAAAUCCACGAGCUUUUGGAGCAGGGAAGAUAUUUGGGGGUGCACCUGGAACGAGAGCAGAUCGGUCGCCAACAGAUGGAGAUCGUCCAAAGUCAGAACCAGACGCUCGGGGUUUCGCGGCAGGAGAUAGAAGACAGCCGGAGCAUGAAACUCAUCACGAUUAUGACUCUGUUUUUUCUGCCGGCGUCCUUCAUAUCGAGCCUGAUGUCGAUCGGCUUGGCCCCGCGCCUCGACUCCACGGUCGAUGAGAAAAAGCCGUUGUUCUUACCAACAAUCAGCAGCGACGCCGUCUUUUUGUUUUUAUUUUCCCAAGACGCCAUCAUCCUGGGCAGACCUGGACCAGAUAGUGGCCGUGCUGGCUGGAAGUACCGUGCUGGGCUUCAGCUUGUACUCAGCCGUCAGUACGAGGUACAGAUUGAGGCGCGAGCAAAGAAUCCGGGAGGAAGAAUUACGUCGUCAGAACGAUAUCCGACUGAGGCGAAUUCUGGUGCAAUGGGAUCCGGAUGA